AAAAGAUGCAAAUGCCGCAUUGCUGAGUAACUUUGAGGUCUUCCAGUUACUUACUGAUCUUAAGCAGCAGCGCAAAGAGAGUGGAAAAAACAAGCAGAGCUCUGGUCAGCAGAAUCUGAACACAAUCAUGUAUGAGACACUGAAGUACAUUUCAAAAACACCCUGUAGAUACCAGAGUCCUGAGACUGUGAGAGAUUUCCUCGUAGCAAUGAAAGGCCAUAAGCUAACCAAGGCAGAAAAGCUCCAGUUGCUUAACCACAGGCCUGUGACAGCAGUUGAAAUACAGCUGAUGGUAGAAGAAAGCGAGGAAAGACUAACGGAAGAGCAGAUCGAGUCACUACUCCAUACAGUCACCAGUAUUCUUCCAGGGGAUCCGGACGAACAGCAGAGAGACUCGGCCAUGGCAACAGAAGACAAAGGUGACCAGGCAUAA